UAGUGUCCCGGAAGAGUUAGUGCUGCAAGGGGUUCUGGGUAUUUGUUAUGUUGUGUUACGGAGCGGAUGUUCUGCCGAAAUGUGUUUGUCAUUCUUGUUUGGUGUGGGUUCACAGUGUGGCGCAUAUUUGUAACAGUGUUAAAGUUGUUUAUACGGUCACCCUCAGUGUGACCUGUAUGGCUGUUGACCAAGAAUGCCUUGCAUUCACUCGAGUGUGUGUGUGUAGAAGCCGCCCAUAUUAUGUGACUGGGCCGGCACGCUGUUUGUAUGGAGGAAAAGUGGACGAGAUGACAGGUUGAAGAGGACGCUGAAGGCAGUGCCUUUAAGGCACGCCCCAAAUAUUGUUGUCCGGGUGGAAAUCGGGAGAUUGGUAUCCCCGGGAGAUUUUCGGGAGGGGUACUGAAAUUCGGGAGUCUCCCGGGAAAAUCAGGAGGGUUGGCAAGUAUGACUCCCUUAAUUCCUGUUUUGUGCACCUCUGGGUUUGUUUUGGUUUCUAUGGAGAUUAAUUGGGUUCACCUGCCUCUGGUUAGUGGUCGGCACGCUCACCUGCAGUCGACCACUAAUCAGAGAGCUAAUUAUUCACCUGGCUUCAUUGUUUGCUUCAUGCAACUGUUACGUUUGGAUAUUCCUGGUUCUUGUUCCUGUGUUUCCUGUGCUAAGUUUUUGCCUUAGCAUCCUUUUUGCUUGUUUUCUGUUUUGCGAUGAUUUAUGAUAAAUAAAUCGUCUCCGACCUCACGCUGUCGUCCGGAGUUGUCCGUCUGCAUCUGGGAGGUACGACCCCCGCAGUGCAGCUGACCACUUCCUGGUUUCCGCUCCGAGUCCACCUGAAGUUGGCCUGAUACUUUGGCGACCAUGAGGCUGCCGUGCAAGUGGCUGGACAAGAUGAGGUGUCUGAGGAAGCGCUCCACCAUCCCCUUCCUCGGCUUCCUCGUCGCCUUCCUCCUCUUCCUCAACCUCUACAUGGAGGACGGAUACGUGCUGGAAGAAGACAAGAGGCAGCUUCGGGAAACGUCGGCCCACCCGCCCAGUUCCGAGCGAUACGUUCACACCUUCCGAGAGCUGCGAAAUCUCUCCGGAAGCAUCAACGUCACGUAUCGUUAUCUCGCCGGCACGCCGCUCAACCGCAAGAAGUACCUGACCAUCGGGCUGUCGUCGGUGAAAAGGAAGCGAGGGAACUACCUGCUGGAGACCAUCAAGUCCAUCUUCGACCAGUCCAGCUACGAGGAGCUGAAGGAGAUCAUGGUGGUGGUCCACCUGGCCGACUUUGACCCGGUGUGGUGCGAGAACUUGGUGCAAGAGAUAAGCAGGAAGUUCGGCCACCACAUCAUCGCCGGUCGCCUCCUGGUGAUCCAGGCUCCGGAGGAAUACUAUCCGUCCCUGGAUGGUCUCAAGAGGAACUACAACGACCCAGAGGACCGAGUGCGCUUCCGCUCCAAGCAGAACGUGGACUACGCCUUCCUGCUCAACUUCUGCACCAACCUGUCGGACUUCUACAUGAUGCUGGAGGACGACGUGCGCUGCUCCCGCAAUUUCCUGACGGCCUUGAAGAAAGUCAUCACCUCCAGGGAAGGUUCCUACUGGGUGAUGCUGGAGUUCUCCAAGUUGGGCUACAUCGGGAAGCUCUACCACUCCAGGGACCUGCCCCGUCUGGCUCACUUCCUGCUCAUGUUCUACCAGGAGAUGCCGUGCGACUGGCUCCUCAUCCACUUCCGGGGUCUGCUGGCCCAGAAGGACGUGAUCCGCUUCAAGCCCUCGCUCUUCCAGCACAUGGGCUACUACUCGUCCUACAAAGGAGCCGAGAACAAGCUGAAGGACGACGACUUUGAGGAGGACUCGCUGGACAUUCCCGACAACCCUCCGGCCAGCCUCUACACCAACAUCAAUGUCUUUGAGAACUACGACGCCGCCAAGGCCUACAGCACCGUGGACGAGUACUUCUGGGGGAAGCCUCCGUCCACCGGGGACUUCUUCGUCAUUGUCUUCAACAAGUCGGCCAAAAUCAGCAGGAUCAAGAUCUCUACCGGCUCCGACGACCGGCAGAACGACAUCCUGCACCGCGGAGCUCUGGAAGUGGGGGAGAAACUCGUGGGCACCAAGAAGGGGAAGCAGUGCUCCUCCUACAUCACCUUGGGGGAGUUCAAAAAUGGCAACAUCGAGGUCCAGAACGUGGACCGCAAGAUCUCCUUCGACAUCGAGUGCGUGCGGAUCGUAGUGACGGCCAGUCAGAAGGAAUGGAUCAUCAUCAGGAGUAUAAGUUUAUGGACCACACCUCCGCCCAGCCAAUGAGGACUGCAGACUCUUACUACACUUUAGGAAAAACUAUCAUUGUUAAGUCUUUCCAGGUUCAUGUUAUCAUUUUUUUUACCUAUUUAUUGAUUUGGAUCAAUAGUUUUUUAUACCUUAGUGGAUCAUCAAAGUAUUUAU